CUAUACUCUAUGACUUUUAGGUUACAUAAUUUAUUUUGCGGCUAGCCCAUUUUCCAGACUGAGCAGCUGAUUUCUGAAAAUGUUGGGGGCAAUAAGUCGAGUUGGAAGCGGCAUUUUAGCCGUUAAAUCAAUUGCUGAGAAAUCCCUUUCAGAAUGUGGAAAAAUCGUUGCAGUCAAUGCCGUUAACAAGAGGGACUAUGCUGCUAAAUCUGCAGGAAAAGGCCAAGGUAAGGUUGUUGCCGUUAUCGGUGCUGUGGUAGAUGUGCAGUUCGAAGAUAACCUGCCUCCGAUUCUAAAUGCCCUUGAGGUGCAAAAUCGAUCUCCCCGCCUCGUACUUGAGGUAGCCCAACAUUUGGGUGAGAACACAGUUCGGACCAUUGCCAUGGACGGUACUGAAGGCUUAGUCCGUGGGCAACCCGUACUAGACUCUGGCUCACCAAUUCGUAUCCCGGUGGGAGCUGAAACCCUCGGUCGCAUCAUCAAUGUAAUCGGCGAACCGAUUGACGAGCGCGGUCCCAUCCCCACCGACAAGACUGCUGCUAUUCAUGCUGAAGCUCCAGAGUUUGUCGACAUGUCUGUGCAGCAGGAGAUUCUCGUAACUGGUAUAAAAGUCGUCGAUCUGCUCGCUCCUUAUGCCAAAGGAGGAAAGAUUGGGUUGUUUGGCGGAGCUGGUGUGGGCAAAACUGUAUUGAUUAUGGAACUGAUCAACAAUGUUGCCAAAGCCCAUGGUGGUUACUCUGUGUUUGCUGGAGUAGGAGAGCGUACUCGUGAAGGAAAUGAUUUAUACCACGAGAUGAUUGAAUCUGGUGUGAUUUCUCUAAAAGACAAAACAUCCAAGGUAGCUCUAGUAUAUGGUCAAAUGAACGAACCUCCUGGUGCCCGUGCUCGUGUUGCCCUUACUGGUCUCACUGUUGCUGAAUAUUUCCGUGAUCAAGAAGGACAGGAUGUACUGCUCUUCAUUGACAACAUUUUCCGUUUCACUCAGGCUGGAUCAGAAGUGUCUGCUCUGCUUGGUCGUAUCCCAUCUGCUGUAGGAUAUCAGCCUACUCUGGCUACUGACAUGGGUACUAUGCAGGAAAGAAUUACCACCACCAAGAAAGGUUCCAUCACAUCUGUACAGGCUAUUUAUGUACCAGCUGAUGACUUGACAGAUCCUGCUCCAGCUACCACUUUUGCUCACUUGGAUGCUACCACUGUACUCUCCAGAGCCAUUGCUGAAUUGGGUAUCUACCCAGCUGUGGAUCCUCUUGACUCAACUUCCCGUAUCAUGGACCCCAAUAUUAUUGGAGCUGAGCACUACAAUGUUGCACGUGGAGUUCAGAAAAUUCUUCAGGACUACAAAUCCCUGCAGGACAUUAUUGCUAUUUUGGGUAUGGACGAGUUGUCUGAAGAAGACAAGUUGACAGUGGCACGUGCACGUAAAAUUCAGAGGUUCCUCUCACAACCUUUCCAAGUAGCUGAGGUGUUCACUGGACAUGCGGGUAAACUAGUACCACUUGAGGAAACUAUCAAAGGAUUCUCCAAAAUUCUAGCAGGAGACUAUGAUCAUUUGCCAGAAGUAGCAUUCUACAUGGUUGGACCUAUUGAGGAGGUUGUGGCCAAAGCUGAUACUCUUGCUAAGAAUGCUUAAAAAGUCAUUUCAUGUGAAUUGAUGAGAAAAUACUUGUAUUUCAAAUAAAUUUAAUUAUUACAAA